UACUUCCAGAGAAAUCAUAUCAGUAUUCAAUGACAGAAAGGAAAAAGAAAAAAAGAAAACAGAUGACGUAUCAGUCUCCACCCCUCCAGUGAAACAUAAGGAGGAAGUGAAUUCUUCUCUAAUCAUAGCUGAAGAAGACAACACAAUGGCCUCAAACUACAGGGCAAAGACUCCUCGAGUUUUCCAGAAGGCACGUGUUCUCUUAUGUUUCCUGCUGCUUCUGGAUUUGACCUCAACCUCACCACUGAAAGGAAGUGAUCAUCAAAAUUUCUUUGAGGGUGAAGUUGGUGGAAAUGUGACCCUGCACUGCCCUGUCGACAAGAACAAGAAUGUUACUUUUAUGUAUCUGCAAAGACUUAACAUUCCUACCAAAGAAGUCCAUUUUGUCAAUGGAUACCACAUCAGUAAAACUUUAACCUUUUUUUGGGAAAACUCACGGCUGAAUCGUAACAACUCUUCAGUUCUCAUCUCUAAUCUGAAUGUUUCACAUAUUGGGACUUAUGAGUGUGCUAUCAGGUACAAUGAUGAGGACGUAAUAAAAACUUUUCUGCAACUCAAUGUUACAGCCCCCUAUAAGAAACCGAUAGUCACGAACAGCUGUAAGGAAGAGAAUGGAGUGUCGGGUUGCCAUGUGACAUGUACAUUUCAUGAUGGAUUCCCAGAGAACAGAAUUCAGUGGGAUAAAGAACCUGUGAAUGGCAGCGCAAAAACACACAUAACAGAAGGAAGUACAGAGGAAGACCCCAUUACCAAGCUGUUCAACAUCUCCAGCACUGCAUACAUCAACUGCUCUGGUGGAGAACGCAUGGUUUCCUGCUCUGUGGGGGGUGUCACCUUAAACACCUCCUUAGUCUGUCCUUCCAAGGUCAUCCCUUUUACUCCAUAUGUGGUAGUAGCGGUCAUUGUAAUAGUGCCUGUAUUAGUGCUUGUGGUGGUGUAUCUGAUGUGUAGGAAGAGAAAACCAGUAGAACCACCAGAAUACAUUGCAACAGCAAAUAUGGAGGAGGGUGUGCGCCUUACUGAGUGCAGAAAAGAGACAGAGGCAUCCUGAGGGAUCAAGUGGUGGAGAAGAAACUCGGAUUUUCAUUCCGAACAAAACGUGCACAUCCUCAGAGUUGAGGACCACACCUGUCAUCACUGAAGUGUUCAUUACAUUUGUGAGUUACCGGCUUAACUCAGCGGGGAAUUACCAAUGAAUGGCUGUGACUCACGAGGGAGUCACAGCUACGUUUCUGUGACACUUGACAUUUAGGGUUUAAGGAAGUAUUCCAGUACUGUUCGAAGGGUGAGCGAGUUCUUCAAAGACAUGACUUUUUUAUUGUAUACUGUAAAAAUGCGUGGACAGAGAAUCCCUCUAGAUAAUGUGAAUAGUCAAACCCAAAGCACAGGUGGCUGCUCUUAACGUCUGUUACACUGAACUUACAAGCAGCUUCUGUGUCAUAGUGUACAUAUAUUUAUUUCUGAUGUAAAAAAUAUCUAUGUAUAUAUAUAUAUAUAUAUAUAUAUGUGUGUGUGUGUGUGUGUGUGUGUGUAUUAAAAAAGACAAAACACAGUCAAUAGUUAGCUUAGCAUUUUUUGGAUUUAGCAAAAUGUAUUUUUUUUUUUACUGUCAGAGGUGAUUAGUACAAACUAAUGUCUAAAUAAAGCAAAAAAGAAUAUUGGUAAGUCUAUCAUGGCUACAUGUUUAUCUGCACUUUGGUAUUACAUAUAUUAUCUUGUAUGGGGGCACUAUUGAUUAUGAUGAUUAUGAUAUGAUUAUGGUACCCUUUUUUUUUUAUUUUUAUUUUGAAGUCUUCCUAAAAAAUGUGCUCUCAGGUUUGUGUUAUAUGCUGCUCUCUAAAUUAUUUCUAAAAGAGUUGGUCCUGUUUAAUCUAGUAAGAAAAAGGAACUUUCUUUUUUCCCCCUUCAUCGGAAUAACCAAACAGUCUAAAAGGCCUGCUUUCGUUUCCUAAAUAUGUCUGCAGUAGUCCUCUUCAGUGACUGCUGAUGUGAUUAAAUGUAUUUUUGCCUUCUUUUUGGCAUUUAAUAUCAUGUUCUCAUCUUAUCUUAUUCUGUAUCCAAUUAAACUAAAGUAUUGAAGAAAGAAUUCACACUGUAGUAACUGUAGUGGACCAUAUGGGCCAACAUACACUUACUUUACUUUACUUACAUCAUGCUGUAGUAAUACUCUGUACCUGUAGCCAAAAAAUAUUAUUUAAUUAAAACUGUAUGAAUGCUAUAAUUGAAAGGUACUUUAAAUGAAAAGUACUGAAAAUAAAUAUGUGUCCUGAGAAACUGCAGGAAUGGGUUUUGACUACUCCAUGGUCUCCUGGAUUACUGACUACCUGACAAGCCACAGUUUGUCCAUCUGCAGUGUUCUCUCUAAUGUAGUACUUAUUGAAUUAGGGGUUCCUCAGAGGUCUGUGCUUUCUUUUUUCCUUUUCACCUGAUUCACCACUGACUUUCAGCCCAACUCAGUCAUGCCACCUUAAAAAGGGUGCAUAAAAGAGGGAAAGAAGGAGGAGUAUAGAGCGCUGGAGUACAACUUUGUAGAGUGGAUCAGCAGGAAUCACCUGGAUCUAAAUGUGACCAAGACUUGAUAGACAUCCAGAGGAGGACUCCUUCACAGCCACUAAAGAGCAGGAGGUGGAAGUGGAGGACCUGGGAGUAACUGUUGACGGACUGGACUGAUGCUAUGUACAAGAAGGAGAUGAGCAGGCUCUACUUGAGAAAGCUUCAGUGUUUGCAACAAGAUGUUAGAGAUCUUUUAUCAGCCUCUUCUUCUCCAGAGUGGUUUUUUUUUUUUUUGGCUGCAGCAUCGGAGCCAGCAGCAACAAAAGACUGAAGAAACUGAUAAAGAUGGCUGACUCCAUCUUGGGGUGGAAACUGGUGGAGAGGAAGUCAUUAGACAAACUGGUCUCCAUCAUGGACAACUUAAACCAUCCUCUCUACCACACACUGGUCAGACAGCGGAGCUCCUUUAACAGACUGAGAGAGCACCGCUCUCGUUCGGACAGAUACAGGAUACUCUGUUCAACGAUUCACCUCUGGGAGAGAGGGAACAGACUGGGAACAUAAUGGACAGAUAAUGGGCUUUACUUCCUGCUUUUAACAUUUGAUUGCAACUGCUGUUUAUAUUCAUUUACUAUUUUAUUGUAUUUUAUCUUUUAUUCUAUUUUUUAACGUUUAUUUGUUUUUGCACAUCCACUGGUUCAACUGCUACUAAAAACUAAAACCUUUAAACUUCUACACUUUAAAGCUACUUUUAUAUUUUAUUGUUUUUAUACUUAUUCUUUUUUGCUUUGUAUGUGUAAAUUUGAAGUGUAUGUUUAGUUUAUUAUUUAGUUUUUUGUUUUGAGUAAUUGUCAUGUUUGCUGCUGCAACCCCCGAUUCCUCAGUUUGGGAUCAAUAAAAAUAUAUAGGUACUGUAGGUGUUUGUGCACCCAUCCGUCCAUCCAUCCAUCCAUCCGUCCAUCCAUCCAUCCAUCCAUCCAUCCAUCCAUCCAUCCAUCCAUAUAAAUGGCAUAGAGCAUUGCUGUCUUGAAUAAAACAAGGCACAUGCUAAACCUGAAAGCUCUUUACGCCUUAUAUUGUACAUUAAUGUUGCCAUACAUGAGUUACUGUGUAGAGGUGUGGGGGAAUACACACAAUAGUAACAAACAAUAAAUACAAUGCAGAAAAGGGCCAUCAGAUUGAUAAAUAAUGCUGGAUAUAGCGAUCAUACAAAUGAACUCUUUCAAGCUAUAAAAUUUCUAGAUUUGAUUCAGUUGAAACAAAACAAAACAAAACAAAAAGUGUUUGAAGGCAGAAAUAUUGUGGUGUUUUGUUUUAUUUCUUUAUGUCUUCUUGGGAGGAGGGAGAAAGGGGAGUGUGUACUUUUUUUAU